AUGGCAAUCGUCCAUAUUGUCCUGUUCAAGCUCAAGGCUGCACUGAGCGACGCAGAAAAGAAAGAGUUUUGCGAUGACAUGUUGUCGUUGAAAGACACUUGCAUCCACCCAACACAAAAUAGACCGUACAUUGUUUCCUCAUCUGGCGGAGUAGAUAACAGCCCGGAAGGAGCCCAGGGAGGAUUCACCCAUGGGUUCGUCGUCGAGUUCGCUUCAAAAGAGGACCGAGACUAUUAUGUUGCCGACGAUCCUGUCCACCAAGCAUUCGUCAAGAAGAACAGUCCGAGGUUCGACGAUGUCCGAGUCAUCGAUUAUGAGAAAGGUGUAUACUAA